AUGACUCCAAUGACGCUAAAAUGCUCCACACAAGUCACUUGGGAGAUGCGUGAAGUUGUAGAUGACUCAAUGCCUGUGUGUUCAUGAGUAGCCUCCGGAAAAGACCGAAUAUACUUCGGACGGAAAUGGUUGUCUAGUGGUACGAAAGUUUAGUAAAGAAGCUGGCCCUUUAGAAAAUUGAACACCUUCAUUUAUCACACAGGGAAAGAAGGGCAUUGCCACGAUGAUAGCCUCGCAUCUCCUGGCGUACUACUUCACAGAGCUCCACCAUGACCAAGUACAAAAAGUUGACAAGUAUCUGUACCACCUCCGUCUGUCUGAGGAGAAUCUGAUGGACGUAUCAUUGCGGUUCCGCCGUGAAAUGGACCGCGGCCUGGGUCGGGACACGAGCCCCACAGCUGCUGUGAAGAUGCUGCCCACAUUUGUGCGCUCCACCCCUGAUGGAACCGAGCAAGGAGACUUCUUGGCACUUGACCUGGGCGGGACCAACUUCCGUGUUCUGCUGGUGAGGGUGUCUUCCAACAGCAAGAAGCAGGAAGUUGAGAUGGAGAAUCAGAUCUACGCCAUUCCUGAGGACCUGAUGAGGGGUAGCGGCUCAGAGCUUUUUGACCACAUCGUUGAGUGUCUGGCCAUAUUCCUAGAGAAGCUGGGGAUCAAAGACAAGAAGCUUCCACUGGGCUUUACAUUCUCUUUCCCUUGUCAGCAGACCAAACUGGAUGAGAGUAUCCUGGUGUCAUGGACCAAGGGGUUUAAGGCUAGCGGUGUUGAAGGCAAAGAUGUUGUCAGCAUGUUAAGAGCAGCCAUUAAGAAGAGAGGGGACUUUGACAUUGACAUUGUGGCUGUGAUUAAUGACACCGUUGGCACAAUGAUGACCUGUGGCUAUGACGACCACCACUGCGAAAUAGGCCUUAUUGUGGGCACAGGCACCAACGCAUGCUACAUGGAGGAGAUGCGCAACCUGGAGACGGUGGAGGGCGAUGAGGGUCGCAUGUGCGUCAACAUGGAGUGGGGCGCCUUCGGCGACGAUGGGGCACUAGAUGACCUGCGCACCCCUUUCGACGUCGAAAUCGAUGCAGGCUCGCUCAACCCUGGCAAGCAGCUGUUUGAGAAGAUGAUUAGCGGGCUGUACAUGGGCGAGCUGGUGCGCCUUAUCCUGGUGAAGAUGGCCAAGGAGGAGCUCCUGUUCCAGGGCAAGACCACACCAGAGCUGUUGACAACAGGACACUUCCAGACAAGCUUCAUCUCCGCCAUCGAGAACGAGAAGAAUAAUCAGGGUUUGCUGAAUGCGGAGCAGAUCCUGCAGGGCCUGGGUCUGACCCCAUCGGCAGAGGACUGCGUGGCCACACAGCGCGUGUGUCAGAUCGUGUCCACGCGCGCCUCCCAGCUCUGCGCCGCCACCCUGGCCGCAGUCCUGCGCCAGAUCCGGGACAACAAGGCUGCCGAGAGGCUCCGCACCACCGUUGGCGUUGAUGGCUCUGUCUACAAGAACCACCCUCAGUUUGCCCGGCGACUCCAUAAAAUGGUGCGGAGGCUGGUACCUGACUGUGACGUACGCUUCCUGCGCUCUGAGGAUGGCAGCGGUAAGGGCGCCGCCAUGGUAACGGCGGUGGCAUACCGUCUGGCCAAUCAGCACGCCGAGCGGCAGCGCAUACUCGACAAACUGCGGCUGAGCCACGACCAGCUGCUGGAGGUCAAGAGGCGCAUGGCCGAGGCGAUGGAACGUGGUCUGUCCCGUGACACGCACGGCAAUGCCACCGUCAAGAUGCUGCCCACCUACGUUAGGUCCACACCCAAUGGCACAGAGCGAGGUGACUUUCUGGCUUUGGAUCUGGGUGGAACUAACUUCCGUGUGCUGCUGGUGAGGGUGCGGAGCGGGAAGAAGCGCAGCGUGGAGAUGCACAACAAGAUCUACGCCAUACCGCAGGACCUCAUGCAGGGCACUGGAGACGAGCUGUUUGACCACAUCGUCCACUGCAUCGCUGACUUCAUGGAGUACAUGGGGAUGAAGGGCGCCUCCCUGCCUCUGGGAUUCACCUUCUCCUUCCCCUGUCAGCAGAACCGCCUUGACGAGGGCAUCUUGCUGAAGUGGACAAAGGGCUUCAGGGCCACCGGCUGUGAGGGUCAGGAUGUGGUGACCCUUCUGAAGGACGCCAUCCACCGGCACGAGGAGUUUGAUCUGGACGUGGUGGCAGUGGUGAAUGACACUGUGGGCACUAUGAUGACCUGUGGCUAUGAGGAUCCAUAUUGCGAAGUGGGGCUCAUUGUGGGGACAGGCACCAACGCAUGCUACAUGGAGGAGAUGGAGAACGUGGAGCUGGUGGAGGGGAACGAAGGCCGUAUGUGCAUCAACAUGGAGUGGGGUGCCUUCGGCGACCACGGCGAGCUCAACGACUUCUGCACGACUUUUGACCACGCCGUGGACGAGCGUUCAGCCAACCCUGGCAAGCAGCAGUAUGAGAAGAUGAUCAGUGGUAUGUACCUGGGGGAGGUGGUGAGGAACGUUCUGCUGGAUUUUACUUCCAAGGGGCUGCUCUUCCGUGGCCGGCUCUCAGAGAGGCUGAAGACGCGUGGCAUCUUCGAGACCAAGUUCCUCUCACAGAUCGAGAGUGACCGACUGGCCCUGCGUCAGGUGCGCGCCAUCCUGCAGCACCUGGGCUUGACCAGCAGCACGUGCGACGACAGCAUCCUGGUGAAGGAGGUGUGCACUGUGGUGGCGCGCCGUGCUGCCCAGCUCUGCGCCGCUGGUCUCGCUGCCGUGGUCGACAAGAUCCGGAAGAACCGGCAGCUUGAGCACCUCCGUGUCACCGUGGGGGUAGAUGGAACGCUCUACAAGCUGCACCCCCAUUUCUCCACCAUUCUGCGCCAGACGUUGCGCGAACUGGCGCCGCAGUGCGAGGUGUCAAUCAUGCAGUCGGAGGACGGUAGUGGGAAAGGGGCUGCCCUCAUCACUGCGGUGGCUUGUCGCAUGCGAAACGAGGCCAAGUAGCGGAGACUGCACUAAAGAAGAAGAGAUGAGGAAGGGGAAGGAGGGAGGGGUCUGAAAGGGAAACUAAAGAUGUCCUUGAGAGACUUUGCUGUGUUGCGCUGACGUGUGAUUGUGAUGAGGAAGCAGAUGGAAUGAAUGUUUUUUUUUUUUUUUCUUUAUAUAUAACUCUUUUGGUGACGUGUAACACCUAAAUUAUGUGUGCCCAUUGCUAUUUAUGUGUUGGAUUUGAAGCAAGAGAUUAUUUCCAGUGAUAAAGAUAUUACUGUUCUGUAAUACAAGUGUGUCCCUUCCAAGAUUACAGAUUCCUGUUUUAUACUGUGAAUGUACAAUCGAUGGAGUUUUAAAUGUUGGUAAUCAAUGUGUAAUUAAUAAGACAGAGCUGCAAAGUUAGGUGUUUUUAAAAUGUAGUCAUUAGUUACUGUAAGAUUUUAUGAGAACAAGAGUUUUGCACAGAAACAACAUUUGACAUUUCUUCAUGAUGUUCAAGAAGAGUUGUUUUGUUUAUCAGCUCUGAAUUGUGAACCUUCCAAAACACUUCACAUUUUAAACAUGUUCAGUGUGCAAUGAAUCUUAACUGAUUUUAUUUGAUUGGAUUGGAUUGUGUUUUUCAUAUAAAGUGUGCAGGAAUCUGAAGUCAUGUUAAUUUUACUUGGAUAGUCUGUCGACAGAGACUUUAGAAAUGAUCUGUUGAGGUACAGGUUCAGUAUGUAAAAUUGUUGUUGAACAAUUACUGAACUUAAACUUAACCAAACCAUCCCUUAAUCUUAACUUAAACCAUACAUUUGUUUACACUGUCAACAGAUAGUUUAUUGAUAACCUAAGCAUCUGUAUAUCUGCAGGUUAAAGGGGACUAUCCCAGUAAAGCAUGACCAAAGUCAUUUGUUUGUGUUCUGGAAAGGGUGGAGCAGAGGUCAAUUAAGGGAACUGAAUGUUUGUGCUUUUAGUUAUGCUGUUACCAUGGCCAUCAGAAACAAAGAUGAUGUGUUAAAGUUUAUGUCUUUGUAUCUUCUUUGUAAAGUAAGAAGUUAUCUAGUGAAGUCAU